GGCUUUCCUGCUUACAAGAGAAUCGCAAUCCUACUAGAGGAGGAAGCUGCGGGGUAUAAUGAAGCGCCCUCCGAUUUGAACGCGCUCACUUUUGCGUUUAAGGUCGACAGCACUGAUGACCCUAGCGAAGAGGUGCACGGCCACGUGGGGCCGCUGGACACGCGCAUACUGCCGGAGGUGUACAGCG